AUGCAGACUAUGAAUACCGAUUCUGGAAAUUAUUCGAUUAUUGAGAAUUCUCUUCGCUAUCUUGAUGAAGAGAAAGUAUAUAAGGAAAUAUAAACUCUUGUUUAAUAACUUCAAGGGGCAAGAAAAAAAUUAUAAGAAAUUCAUAACGAAAAGUAACUAGAAACUUAAAAGGAGCUUUAAAAUACACAAGAAAAUUAUUAUUGUGACCAAUUGGAAGACAGCAAUUUAUUAAAUAGUAAAGAAAUAAAAAUUACUUACUUUGAAAGCAAACAAAUCGAAAAGGUCUUAACAGAACUGAAAGAAAAAAUAGAAUAUCUAAAUGAAAAAUUAUAUAAACGUGGUCCCCAAGAAAAUUUGGAGAAACAAAUUUAUAUCCUAUCUGAUUAAUUAUCUAAAGAGAGAGUGAAGGCUGUAAAAGAUACGAAAGUGAUUUAAGAUCUGAAAAAUUAAUUACAUGAGAAAAGCAAGCAGCUCAUAUCUAGAGAUGAGACAAUCAUUAAACACGUUAAAGAGAUGUUGAAGCCAAUGGAUAAUGGGGAACAGGAUGAAGACAUAAAUUUUGUUGUGUGAGGUGGUGAUUCAAUUUAUUUAUAUAAAAUAAAGCAAUAUGGGAUUUCUUUUA